UUGCCGUACUGAGAGAGUAGUUCACUCCUCCAGGCUUUGAGCUCUCACACCUUCUUCGCUUAUAAACAAUCUCCCCCAUUUCUCUCUUUCUUUCAUCGAAUUCAUCUCCCUCCAUGCCAACCCAAACUCGCUUCCCUCUUCCCCAAAAUGCCCUCCCCCUUUCUCGCUAAUCCCACCUCUAUCCCUCCUCCCAACUCCGCCGAGUCCUCCUCCUCCUCCUCCGACGCCCCAAACGACGCCGUUCCCGCCUCCUCCUCCUCGCGCUGCUCGGAAAUGUGGAACUAUCUCUGGAUCCCCUUCCUGAUUUCCCUCUCCAAGGAGCUCACCUCCGCCAAGGCGCAGUCCACGCCGACGAUUCUGCUCCCGAGUCAACUCGCUGGCUCCGACUCGUCGCAGAGGUGUACGGCGCUCGACCCCAAGCUCAAUUACCGCCCGGUGAUCGGUAUUCUCAGCCAUCCCGGCGACGGCGCCUCCGGUCGUCUCAGUAAUGCUACCGGUACUUCCUACAUCGCCGCCUCCUACGUCAAGUUCGUUGAAUCCGCCGGCGCUCGCGUUAUUCCGCUCAUCUACAACGAGCCUUCUGAUGUUCUCUUCCAGAAGCUCAAUCUGGUCAAUGGCGUGCUUUUCACCGGAGGCUGGGCUAAAAGUGGGCGGUACUAUGAAGUUGCUGAGAAAAUAUUUAAGAUGAUUUUAAAGAAGAAUGAUGCUGGUGACCAUUUUCCAUUAUAUGCCAUCUGCUUGGGUUUUGAACUUCUAACAAUGAUCAUCAGCAAGAACAAGAAAAUUCUGGAGUCGUUCAGUGCUGCAGAUAUGGCAUCAACUUUACAAUUUACUGAGACAAAUAUUGAGGGAACUGUGUUUCAAAGAUUUCCGCCUGAUUUGCUUAGAAAGUUGAGUACAGAUUGUAUUGUCAUGCAAAACCACCAUUAUGGUAUCUCACCAGAGACGUUGGAAGAGAACCAAGAUCUGUCAAGUUUUUUUAAGAUCUUGACAAUCAGUACUGAUAAAGAUGAUAAGGUCUAUGUCUCCACAGUACAUGCAUACCACUAUCCUGUGACUGCCUUCCAAUGGCAUCCGGAGAAAAAUGCUUUUGAAUGGGGGUUACCGAUGAUUCCACACUCAGAAGAUGCCAUUCACGUGACUCAGCACAUCGCAAACUUUUUGAUCAGCGAGGCAAGGAAGUCAUUAAACAGGCCACCUAUUCAGGAUGUCCUCGACAAUCUCAUCUACAAUUACAGUCCAACAUUUUGUGGGAGGGCAGGGAAGGGAUACGAUGAAGUUUACAUCUUUAAACAACCUUCACUCGCACAUUUGUAAAUCGAAGUGUAUGUGCAAAUUUGUAAUAAUGGACAAUGAAAGUGAAAAUAUGUAAUGAGCAUUUCAACUCCAAACAUUUGUAUUUUUAAGGCAGUAGACCUCUCAUUAGUCAUUUGCUCUGAUUAUUGUACACGAACAUUAUUACACUAGAAGCUCAACUGGGUUCAGCGACUCUUACCUAUUA